AUGUUACGUAGACUCAUCUCUUCAAACCUCAAAACCCUAACUUCUUCUUCUCUCCGAUCUCCUUCCCCCGCCGUCGCUGUUUCUACGCUCUCCCGCCACUUCUCCACCCAAUCCGAUGAGAGUGCUGUGGGGAAAAAGAAGGUUGAGGAUAUAGUGCCGAUUGCUACUGGUCAUGAACGUGAGGAGCUUCAGGCUCAGAUUGAGGGUAGGGAUAUUCUUGAAAUCGACCACCCUGAAGGUCCUUUCGGCACCAAGGAAGCACCUGCUGUUGUUAAAUCUUAUUUCGAUAAAAGGAUAGUUGGAUGCCCAGGUGGUGAAGGCGAGGAUGAGCAUGAUGUUGUCUGGUUUUGGCUGGAGAAAGACAAACCUCAUGAAUGUCCCGUGUGUGCACAGUAUUUUGUGCUUGAAGUGGUAGGACCUGGUGGAUCUCCUUAUGGACAUGGUGAUGAUCAUCAUCACUAA